ACUGUACGCGGCUGUUCCGGCCCAGGCUCGCCAGGCAGACACGCGCGGGGGUUGCAGCCAUGGCGCUCUACAACUUUAAGAAGAUUAUGGUGGUUCCUUCCGCUAAGGACUUUAUAGAUCUGACAUUGUCGAAGACUCAGCGAAAGACUCCGACAGUCAUUCAUAAGCAUUAUCAAAUCCACCGCAUUCGACAGUUUUACAUGAGAAAAGUUAAAUACACCCAGCAAAAUUACCAUGACAGACUCACCCAAAUCUUAACAGAUUUCCCAAAAUUAGAUGAUAUCCAUCCUUUUUAUGCAGAUUUGAUGAAUGUUCUCUAUGACAAAGAUCAUUACAAGUUGGCCUUAGGACAGAUUAAUAUUGCCAAGAAUCUGAUUGACAAUGUUUCUAAAGAUUAUGUGCGCCUGAUGAAGUAUGGCGAUUCUCUUUAUCGAUGCAAACAGUUGAAACGGGCAGCUCUGGGACGUAUGUGUACAAUUAUCAAAAGGCAGAAGCAAAGUUUAGAAUAUUUGGAACAAGUGCGACAACAUUUGUCCCGUUUGCCAACUAUUGAUCCCAAUACACGAACUCUUCUGUUGUGUGGCUACCCAAAUGUUGGAAAAUCGAGCUUUAUAAAUAAGGUGACAAGAGCAGAUGUGGAAGUGCAGCCUUAUGCCUUUACCACAAAAUCCCUUUUUGUGGGACACAUGGAUUAUAGGUAUUUGCGUUGGCAGGUGGUAGAUACCCCUGGUAUUUUGGAUCAUCCUUUGGAAGAAAGGAAUACCAUUGAGAUGCAGGCUAUAACAGCGCUUGCACAUCUUCGUGCUGCUGUGCUUUUUGUAAUGGAUGUGUCUGAGCAGUGCGGGCAUAGUCUGGAGGAGCAGCUAGAACUCUUCAAAAAUAUUAAACCACUAUUUGCUAAUAAGCCUCUUAUACUUGUAGCAAACAAGUGUGACGUGAAAAGGAUUUCUGAACUUCCUGAAGAAAAUCAGAAAAUGUUUGAAAAUUUAGAAGCGGAAGGAUUUCCUGUCAUAGAGACAAGUACUCUAACAGAAGAAGGUGUGAUUAAAGUUAAAACAGAGGCCUGUGACAGACUGUUGUCCCAUCGUGUUGAUACCAAAAUGAAAGGAAAUAAGGUGAAUGAAGUGCUGAACCGACUACAUUUAGCUGUACCAAGCAAAAGAGAUAAUAAGGAAAGGCCACCUUUCAUUCCUGAGGGAGCAGUAACACGUAAGAAACGCAUGGAAGUAGAUGCACCUAAAAAGAAGAGGGAGAGAGAUCUUGAAGUGGAAAUGGGAGAUGAUUAUAUUUUGGAUCUUCAGAAAUACUGGAAUCUAAUGAAUUCAUCUGAAAAAUAUGAUAAGAUACCUGAGAUCUGGGAAGGACAUAACAUAGCUGAUUAUAUUGAUCCAGAUAUCAUGAGGAAACUGGAAGAGUUAGAGAAAGAGGAAGAGCUGAGGCAAGCUGCUGGGGAAUAUGACAGUGAACCAGAAAGUGAAGAUGAGGAAAUGUUGGAAAUCAGAAAACUGGCACAACAGAUUCGAGAAAAAAAGAAACUAAAAAUUCUGGAAUCCAAGGAAAAAGAUACUCAGGGUCCAAAAAUGCCUAGGACAGCUAAAAGGGUACAACGUAAGAUACUAGAGAAGGAGAUGAGCAGUCUUGGUCUUGACAUGGCUGGUAAAGAUGAAGCACAUUACGUGGUCCAAGCAAGAAGAUCCAGGAGUGUUACUAGGAAACGUAAACGUGAAGAAUCUGAACCCCCUAAGUCUGCAGCACGCAGUCGCAGUUCCUCUCGCACACCACGUGACACUUCUGGUCUGCGAGAUGCAAAGAUGGUGAAGAAGGUUAAGACUAUCAUGAAGAAUUCUCAAAAGAAAAUGAAUCGCUUGGGCAAGAAAGGAGAGGCAGAUAGGCAUGUGUUUGACCUUAAACCCAAACAUUUACUGUCUGGCAAAAGGAAAUCUGGUACAACACAGAGAAGAUAAAAACAUUUUUCUGAAUUAAAACUACUUUGCUGUCCUGUUUGUUUUUUUCCUAAUAAAAUGUAGAUUGUAUAAUCUGGAAACAAAAAAUAAUCAUAAAGAAAUUCAGAAAUCUUUCCUUGGUAACUGUUUAGAUUUAAAUGUACAGAGGGAGAGUUUGACAUUUUGGUUCCAUAGGCCAAAGUGGGUUAGUAAGGCCAUGGAAAGUGAUCUGACUAUCACCACUAGAACCAGAGUUUUGAAUGGACAUCAGAUCGGCAUCAGUCCAGAUGAACCGUCUGAAUGACUACAGAAGUUGAGGGUAUUAAACCCAAAUGGACUUGGGAUGUUGUCAUAAGAACUGUAACCGUAACGAGAAACUUUACAUUAGCAUGGCCAGUUAGAACGGCCUUAAGGAUAUUUUACAUCCCAGUGGUUCCAAAAAAUACAUUGCCAAUAACAAAAUAACAGUAAUAUUUAGCAUUAUGCCACAUGCACAGUAUUACAAAUAGCUUGUUAUAUAAGAUUACAUACUUAUUCAGCACAUGCAAAGCUGGAGACUUUAAUAGUAUCUUAAAUUUUAAAAAAAUCCAGUGCUUUAGAGCACUUACAUUUUUUUUAAUGAUUGAAACAUUUGCUUGUUUCUGAACCUAAUUUGCAUAUGACCUGUUAUAAAUGAAAAAUAGGCAAGAAUAUAUGUUCUUUAGUAAAUCAAUAGGCUGUGUUAUCUUUGUUCUCAGCUCAGAAGGAGCUUGUUUCAUCCAGUGUGUUAGGGCAUUUAAUUUAAUUUACACUGCAAUGUAGAAGUAUUUUUUUAAAAUGAGGUACUUUUUGCAGUAAUAGAGGUAAAACAAACCAUUAAAGACUUCGUGUUGGGGAGUGUGUGCUUAGACUUUCCAAACUAUAGAGGAGCACAUAGCUAAUUCUCUACAACCCUAAAAUGAAAUAGCAAGUAUAAUUUCUUCUGGCACUGGGAAAACUGUUGAUGGUCAGAAGGGCUGAGUGAUACUGGCUAUCUCUGUCUGACAACCAAGCCCGUCUUCCCCGCCACGUCCCCUAACACACAUGGUAGCCUCAUUAUGUAUAGUAUAAAGAAAAAUGUGGAUGUUAAAACCUCCAGCACUAGUAUAAGGACAUAUUUUGGCAUAAGAAUUUGAUUAAAAUGUGUAUAAUAAUUUAAAACUUGCAAGAGUAUAAUGUUUAGAAAGGGGAGACUAGAACUUUGCCUUUUACACCUUGGCCAAAAUCAGGGCAAAUUUAGCUACAGUACUUUUGUUCUGACAUGUUGAAACUUUGGUCUUUGGCUUUCAGUAUUUGUUCCAGACAAGAUGUACUCUCCCAAUUGCUGAAUCUGCUAUUUUUUAUGCCAAAGAGAUAAUCUUGUCUUUAAGUAGUUGGCAGUGCCUUUCAUCCCUUCAUUUGAAUUGGGAUGGGAACUCUGUUGCAUGAGUGGGAUGUAUUUUUUUUAAUCUAUUUGUUUAAUGAAUUGAAUAAGCAGCAUGCACUUUCCAUUAUUGAACUGUUUUUAUAGUUAGUUUAUUGUAACAUCCCUCUACUAUGGAGUAGAAUGGUCUUCCCCAUCUUUGGUUUCAUUCUGAUAAUCAGACUUCGUGUAAUAUCUUCAAAAGCAGUUAAUAGGACAGUUUUAGUGAAAUAUUUCUUUAGUUUAAGGGGGUAUUCAGUGAAAUGUCUCUAGAUAUACACAAAUGCAAUUUCAGCAGAUGUCCUCUCCACUGAUACUUCAGUUCCUGUUUUAAUGUUAAAGAACAUGAUUAGCUUUCACUGACAAUACAGUAGUGAAGCACUAGUUGCGAUGGUUUGUACUGUUGAAUUUCUUCCCCAUUUUUUAAUGUUAGUGAGACAAGUUGUGCGUUAAACAUAUUCCCUUCAUUUCUGAAAAGCAGCAGAUUUUUUGGCGGCUAUGUUAAUAUAGUACUUCCCUAGAAGUGCAGGUUAUUGUAAAUUGAGUUUAGUUUUGUUUAUAUAAAAAAGCGUUUAAGCUGUUUUUGUAACAAAAGCACUGACCUGUGUUAAGAUUAGUGGUUGUCUCGGGAAUUUGUCUUCUUGCCAAUGCUUUGGCAAAACUUUAGAUUGGGUAAUGUAACUGGCAAUUGCAUACUGUCACUUUUCUCCUGGAGUGGUUGCCAGCAGUUUUACCCACUGUGACUGUCAGGGUCCGAUAGAGAAAAGACAUAGAUAACUCAUGAAAUUUUAUUUUCUUAUACUCCUACAAUUACACUGACUUCAUUGAAGCAGAAUGGAUUUUACAGAAGGCAGAAUUUAAUGUUCAGUUCUCAAUGCUAUUAGAGCUCUUACACUUAAGUUGUCUCAAUUCAGAUCCCACUGAGCAAAAAAGCUUAUCUUCUAGUUUUGGUCUGAAAAAACUAGUACCUGAAUAAACAAUAUUUUAGUUCAUAUGCUUUUAAUAUACAUAUCUUUACAGUAACAUGUACUUCGUAUUUAAAGGCAGGCCUUCAGGGUAAAUGUUUGGCUUAAUUUCACUAUCUGCUCAGAUUAUUACCUAACUUGAGUAGAGCAGUAUCAGCCCAAACAGCUCUCCUUCAAACCUCUCAAUAAUUCAAAUCAUAAGUGUGUUGAUAUUCCACCAUGAUCUGCUUGUAUGAACUGUAGGCUCAGUUUCAGGGGGGUUUCAGUUCCAUUUUGGUGCCCACGAUGUAAAUUGAAGGGGGAAAGGGAGGAAACUAAAGAACCAGGAAAACAGUUGACUAAAAUUAGAAGUGAAGAACAGUGCCAAUGGUGGCUUGACCCAAAUCACAACCACUCUCAAAGGCUGAUGUAGAGGACAAUGUUUAUUUUUGUCAUCAGAGGAAUUUUAGAAAUGAUGCUACCUAAUCCUCUACAACACUUCAAGGCUGCUCGACUAAAGAUAAGGGGGAAGAUGUCAUGGGGUCACAAGGUGUUACCUUUUUCUUGAAAGGUUUAGUUAAAGGUAGUAUUGCUUUCUUUGCUUUCUGAUUCUAAUGGAGGACCCAUAACCUAGUUUUACUGUCUUCCACUGUACAAGACUCCCAUCACACCACCAAUAGUAAUUUUAAGUGCAUUUAAGUUCAAAGAACUUAGUGAAUUACCAAGGUUCUUAUAUUUGCAUUCUAACAAUGGUUAAGCUGCACUUCUUUCUGUGAUCCUAAAUGUCCUUUUAAGGACUGCAGUUAACAGCCUUGUCGUUCACUUUUUUUAGGCAAGAACAAACACAUUUCCAUUGUAGUUGCCCUGUAUGAAAACAUCUAAGUUGAAAUUCCAUUUUCUGCUUUAGAAUACCAAUAAAAUGUUAAAAUAUUAAA